AUGGAACAUGGCCUCGAUGCCCCCAAGCACCUGGACGGCAUGUUCUCCUGGGUUCUUUAUGACAAGAAGGAGGACCGCGUCAUCGCCGCGCGCGACCCCAUCGGUAUCACCAGCUUCUACAUCGGCUGGUCUUCUGAGACUCCCGGUGCCGUCUUCUUCGGCUCCGAGCUGAAGUCGUUGCACCCCGUUUGCGACAAGAUCGAGGCUUUCCCUCCUGGUCACGUCUAUGACUCCAAGACCGGCACCAUGAAGCGGUAUUUCGAGCCCAGCUGGUGGGACGCCGAGAAGAUCCCUUCCACCCCUGUCGACUAUAAGGUCAUCCGUGAUUCCUUGGAGAAGUCCGUGCGGAAGCGUCUGAUGGCUGAGGUUCCCUACGGUGUGCUGCUGUCCGGUGGUCUGGAUUCCAGCCUGGUUGCCUCGAUUGCCCAGCGUGAAAACCUGCGCUCGCAAGAAGCCGCCAAGAAGGCGCUCGCGAACCAGACGGGCGACUCGGAACUGGUUGGUAUUGACGACAGCAACGAAUUGUCCAGCGUCACUACGUUCCAGCAAUUGCACUCUUUCUCCAUCGGUCUUCCCGGUGCCCCCGACACGGAAGCGGCCCUCGAGGUUGCUAAGUUCCUCGGAACGAAGCACCACGCCUUCACCUUCACCAUUGAGGACGGUCUCAACGCUCUGUCGGAUGUCAUCUACCACCUGGAGACGUAUGAUGUUACCACCAUCCGUGCCUCCACUCCCAUGUAUCUGCUCAGCCGGAAGAUCAAGGCCAUGGGUGUCAAGAUGGUUCUGAGCGGAGAGGGUAGCGACGAGAUCUUCGGUGGCUACCUUUACUUCCACGCUGCUCCCAACCGUGAGGAGUUCCACAAGGAAACCGUCCGGAGAGUCAAGAACCUGCACUUGGCGGACUGCCUGCGCGCGAACAAGUCCACCUCCGCUUGGGGUCUGGAGGCCCGUGUGCCCUUCUUGGACAAGGAGUUCCUCGAGGUUACCAUGGGUACGGAUGCCAAGGACAAGAUGAUCACCGGAGACCGCAUCGAAAAGUACAUCCUGCGCAAGGCCUUCGACACCACCGAUGAGCCGGACAACAAGCCCUACCUGCCCGAGAAGAUCCUCUGGCGCCAGAAGGAGCAGUUCAGCGACGGCGUGGGCUACAGCUGGAUCGACGGUCUCAAGGACCAGGCCGAGCAGCAGGUGACCGAUGAGAUGAUGAAGAACCCCAAGCCCGAGUGGGGUAACGACAUUCCCGACACCAAGGAAGCGUACUGGUACCGCACGAUGUUCGACGAGCAUUUCCCGCCCUACUGUGCCGGCACAGUCGAACGUUGGGUUCCCAAGUGGUCGAAGCAGACCGAUCCCAGUGGAAGAGCCAUUUCCACCCACAACGCCAAGUACGACGAUGCCGAGUAA